AUGGAUGUAGAGGAAAUGAUUGCCAUAUUUUUACAUAUAAUUUCACAUGAUGUGAAUAAUAGGAUAAUUAAGAGACAAGUCACCCGUUCUAGCGAGACAAUAAGUAGACAAUUUCAUGCUGUUCUCAACUCUUUGCUACGUCUCCAUUCCAUGUUGUUACGGAAACCAGAAGCUGUGAUGGAGAACUGUACAGAUGAGAGGUGGAAGUGGUUCAAGAACUGCCUCGGAGCACUUGAUGGAACAUACAUAAAGGUCAAUGUAGAAGAGGCCGACAAGCCUAGGUAUCGAAGCUGCAAGGGUGAGAUUGCUACUAAUGUCCUUGGUGUUUGUUACUAUUAUCUAUGUGAUGCUGGAUACGCAAAUGCUGAAGGCUUUUUGGCUCCUUAUAGAGGACAAAGAUACCAUAUGAAUGAGUGGAGACAGAGUCAACAAUCCACAAAUGCUCAUGAGUUCUUUAACAUGAAGCACUCUCGGGCUAGGAAUGUUAUAGAGAGGUGCUUUGGGUUGCUAAAAGGAAGAUGGGCAAUUCUAAGGUCUAAGUCAUUUUACUCUGUAAAAACCCAAUAUAGAAUCAUUAGUGCUUGUUGUCUUCUUCAUAACUUUAUCAUAGAAGAAAUGCCUAUUGACCCAAUGAACAUCGAGGUUGUUGAGGAUGUCACUAGCUCACAAGAGAAAGAAACAAAGACUGAAGAUGCAAAGCUGGUUGAGUGCCUUAUUGAGGUAGUGAAUGCUAGUGGUUGGAAGAGUGAUAAUGGCACAUUUAGGCCAGGAUUUCACCAGCAUUUGGAGAGAAUGAUGGAAAAAAAGCUUCCUGGUUGUGGACUGAGAGAAAAUCCACGCAUUGAAAAUCAUGUGAAGUUACUAAAAAAGCAAUACAAUGCAAUUGCAGAAAUGUUAGGACCAAACUACUUAGAAUUUGGAUGGAAUGAUAGAGAGAAAUGUGUGGUGGCAGACAAAGAUGUUUAUGACCUAUGGGUGAAGAGUCAUCCCCAUGCAGCUGGCCUGAGAAACAAGCCUUUUCCUUAUUAUGAAGACUUGUCAAUUGUGUUUGGUAAGGAUAGACCAAAUGGGGAGGGUGCAGAGGAUCCAACUGAUGCUUGUGAACAAAUUGAAAAAGAGGAGGAAGCUUUAGGUGAUACUAUGAGUUUGGAAGAUGAUAUGAAUGCUGAGGGAGGUUCUCCGAAUGCAAUAGAUUCACCACCAUCUAUUUGCCAACCUACAGGCGUUGGUACUAGUACUGCAACAAUUGGCAAGAAAAAAGGAAGCUUAGUAAGUAAAAAAAGAAAGCACAAUGAUACUAUCAUAGAGAACUUGGUCACUGAGAUGGAAAAGAUAAGCAGUGCAUGUGAAGGGAGUAAGGAAGACUUCAAAAAAAUUGCAAACUUUUUUGAGAAGAAGGGGCAAAGUGAUGAGAGGCGUAUGGCUUUGUUUGAGGAGAUUAUGAAGAUUGAAGAUUUGAGUGAGGAUGAUAUGUUGAUUGCUGGCGAGGUCAUUAGCAAAUACCAAAAUUGGCGGCAUAUUGCAUUAAGGAUAAUUGGUGACAAUGGAAAUAUGUGGCAUUUUGCUACAUUGCUUGGAUAUUGCUAA